CGUCCGCACUACGUGAUAGUCUGCCAGUGACGCUUUGCCCUGCUUUGCCCGCUCGUGUUUCCUCGACUUGUUACUGAGACAGUCAUGCAGUCCCACCUUGAAGCGCGAUUCGGUAUGGCGUGGCUGGUGAUGAUGGCCAUGAUGACGAGCCUGGUAGGGAUUGCCCACGGCGACGCGGGGCACUUCUUCGCCGAGACACCGAAGCACCUGCCGAGGAUUGGUCGCCGAGGAGACCUACCGCCUUUGUCUCUUUCACAGGCAACUCUGAUGAUCGAAGAAGACACGCGGGGUUAUGGGAGGUCUGUGGGAGGCGUGCCCGAAGCUCUCGCCCGGGUGGACGCCGACGGCGACGGUUGCGUUAGCAUACCCGAGCUGCUGCGUGUCCCUGUCAUACGGAUUGCCAUUCUCCUGCAAAAUCCUGCUCUCAUCUUCGAGGAGGCUCCUGCCAGCACUGAGGACAAGUCCAGCGGGACGAGUUACAGCAGCGACCGCCGGCCGGAGCCCCACCUGCUGCACUACCUGCAGAAGUGAGCCCCCUCAGCGCCGAAGCUGAUGGAGUUUGCGUACCUUCAGUGACUUGUACUUUGAUGGAUUCCCGACAUAUUUUUUGUAGAAUUAAGAAUCUUGUAGAUAUUUUUUUGUGAAUAUCGAGUAAGUGGGAAAUUGGGUAUUUUUGUCUUGUUGCAUUUUUCUUCUGUUUCUUCCCGUCACUCGCAAUUUUAGUUUUCGUUUCUGGAAAUAAAGAUACUGCAAGUGCUAUUUCUCAUCCAUUAUCAGGUUUGUAGUCCGCGCCUUGAUUUACAGGCUGUGUAUUAAUCUGGCCUGCAUUAUUUAUUUACCUAUUUGACACCGUUGUAUUUAUCUAGGAGAGUUAGAAGAUGGUAUGAUGUACUAUUUAUUUUCCAGUGGUUAGAAGCUUUGAGGCCAUAUUAUUUAUUAUUUCAAUAUUUAUGAUAGCACAAUAAUUAAGUUAUAAUUUCCAUUAGUAUUGUGUUGCUAUUACUAUUAAGUUAGAUAUUUAAAAAUUCAUGCUAGUUAUUAAGUUUAACUAAUUUCAAGAGAAAUGGGCAACAGAAGCAGUAUCCAUUACUAUGGAAGUUUUGGUGAAAUCAACGUUGAAUACAGAUGCUCUUAAAGUAAAAGACUUAACCUUUUUACUUUCGUUCCUUCACUUAUCCUUUGGGUGACUUACUGUAUGUCGGAAAGGGAAGGAAGCCGAGGGAAUGUCUCGACAACGCCUGGACGGAGCGCAGUUCAAAGAGCAACUGUCGUGUUGUACAGUACACUGGAUUUCGGUUUUGAAGGGAAGAUUUACUUAAGAUUCUUCAUGUUAUUUGUUUCUUUGUGCAUUUCAUAAGCAAAAUGUAUUUUUUGUUUGUAGUGUACUUUAUGUCGUAAGUUCAAGUUAGGAUUGUCUGUAUAAACUUUGUCUUUUUAUAAAAUGAUUUCAACUGGAAUAUAAAGUCAGUACAAUAUGAGUGUUCACCCUGAGUUCCAGCCUUAUUUACGACAGGUUGUUAGGUUUCACUAAACAUGUCACGUUACCAGUGUACACGUUUUGGAAGAUAAUAAAGCUGCAUGAUGCUUCAAGCUUA